CAGAGCGGCGGCAGCAGCGGCCGCGGAGACAGCUCCGGCUCGCCUCCCGUUCCGGGUCCCAAGCUCCCGGGCCCCGAGCCCCGACCCCGCCGCCGCGCCAGCCGGGGCCUCGAGCGCCCCGCCUCCCGCCUCACGCUGAAGUUCCUGGCCGUGCUGCUGGCCGCGGGCAUGCUGGCGUUCCUCGGUGCCGUCAUCUGCAUCAUCGCCAGCGUGCCCCUGGCGGCCAGCCCGGCACGGGCGCUGCCCGGCGGCGGCGACAACGUCUCUGCCGCCUCGGGCGCCGCCGCGUCCCCGGGCCCGCAGCGCAGCCUGAGCGCGCUGCACGGCUUGGGCGGCUCGUCCGGGCCCUCCGCGCUGCCCGGAGCGCCAGCCUCCAGCGCGUACCCGCUGCCCCCCGGGCCGCUCUUCAGCCGCUUCCUGUGCACGCCUCUGGCGGCCGCCUGCCCGUCGGGGACCGAGCAGGGCGACGCGGCGGCGGCGGGCGAGCGCGAGGAGCUACUGCUGCUGCAGAGCACGGCAGAGCAGCUGCGCCAGACGGCGCUGCAGCAGGAGGCGCGCAUCCGCGCCGACCAGGACACCAUCCGCGAGCUCACGGGCAAGCUGGGCCGCUGCGAGAGCGGCCUCCCGCGCGGCCUCCAGGACGCCGGGCCCCGCCGCGACACCAUGGCCGACGGCGCCUGGGACUCUCCCGCGCUCGUGCUGGAGCUGGAGGACGCUGUGCGCGCCUUGCGGGACCGCAUCGACCGCAUCGAGCAGGAGCUCCCAGCCCGUGUGAACCUCUCAGCAGCCGCUGCACCAGCACCCGCCAUACCCACCGCCCUGCACUCCAAGAUGGACGAGCUGGAGGGGCAGCUGCUGGCCAAGGUGCUGGCGCUGGAGAAGGAGCGCACGGCCCUCAGCCACAGCAGCCACCAGCAGCACCAGGAGGUGGAGAAGGAGCUGGAUGCCCUGCAGGGCCGAGUGGCCGAGCUGGAACACGGGUCCUCGGCUUACAACCCCCCAGACGCCUUCAAGAUUGGCAUCCCCAUCCGAAACAACUACAUGUAUGCCCGUGUCCGGAAGGCGCUGCCCGAGCUCUACGCCUUCACCACCUGCAUGUGGCUGCGGUCCAGGUCAGGGGGCACGGGGCAGGGCACCCCCUUCUCCUACUCAGUGCCCGGGCAGGCCAACGAGAUUGUGCUGCUGGAGGCAGGCCACGAGCCCAUGGAGCUGCUGAUCAACGACAAGGUGGCCCAGCUGCCAAUGAGCCUGAAGGACAACAGCUGGCACCACAUCUGCAUCGCCUGGACCACAAGGGACGGCCUGUGGUCUGCCUACCAGGAUGGGGAGCUGCGGGGCUCCGGGGAGAAUCUGGCAGCCUGGCACCCCAUCAAGCCUCACGGCAUCCUUAUUCUGGGCCAGGAGCAGGAUACCCUGGGAGGCCGAUUUGAUGCCACCCAGGCCUUUGUUGGUGACAUUGCCCAGUUUAACCUGUGGGACCAUGUGCUGACACCUGCCCAGGUCCUGGGCAUUGCCAACUGUACUGCGCCACUGCUGGGCAGCGUCCUCCCCUGGGAAGACAAGCUGGUGGAGACCUUCGGGGGUGCCAAAAAGGCCCCCUUCGAUGUCUGCAAGGGGAGGGCCAAGGCAUGAGGGCCACCUCGUCCAGGGCCCCUCCCAUGCCUACCACUUCGGGGACCUUGAGGGGGCUGUUCCCCCCUCAGCCUCUCCAAGUACUGUGCUUUCCUCCUGCCCACUUCUGCCCAUGCCUCCCUCUUCCCCUCACCUGUACCCUCUCCUCCAGAAUGCCCUGUCCUGCGAUGGGUGUCCCCUCGGUCACCUGGGUGGGGACAAGUGCCUCACGUCCAGGGUGGAGCCUGGGGUGAGUCCUGGCUCUGGCCCUCCUGGCACUUCACAGGAGCAGUCUCCUCCCCACCCCACCUUGCCCGUCCAUCACUGAUUCCACUGAUCCCACAGCACCCCCCACGGGGUUGUUGUGGGGUGGCCCCCAUGCUGCAGGCCUGGGGCUGUCCCUUCCAGGACCACAGCAGGCUGUAGAAGGGGAUGACAGAGACCUGAGGCAUCAGACUCACCUCCUCCCCCUUCCUGCCGCUGCCCAUCUUGAAGCCUCCCCACCCUCACCCGCUUCCCCUCUUCUUUGUGUGCAGUGGUUUGAAUCUUGGUUUCUUGCCUGGUGCGGCCCUGUCUCAGUUUCCAGGACAUUCCCUUCCCAGCUCCAGCCUGGAGGGCUAGGGACCAAGAAUCCCCAAAGCCAAAGGGCUGGAGUAAUCCCUGUGCCCACUGCCAUGGUCACCCCUCCUGCCUCGUGCCCGGGACAGGUCCGGGACCCCUACAGCCUGAGCCAGGAGAAGCUGCAGGCAGACAUAGCAUCUCAGGCAGUACCGCUGCUGGCAGAGCCACAUUACCAAGCUGUGUGGCUCCUGUGAGUGCCUGCCCUACCAGAGCCUGGCUUUCCGCUCUGUGCUGCUCAUUUCCCAGAGCUCUGUAGAGCCAGCGUGAGAUGACGCACAAUCCUGGACAGGUGGAGCGGGCCAAGCCUAGAGACCCAGGGGCUGGCAGGGGUGGGUCCUGGGACUGGGCAGCAAGGAAGGUCAGGCUGGGCAUGGGUUAGGUCCGCAGCUGGCUCCAAAGUCAGGGGCAAGGGCAAGGUUCCAGGCCAAGCAGGCUCACACAUGGUCUAAAAAAAUCAGCUCUCUCUCCCCACCUGGCACUCCAGCCUAUCUGGGUUUGUCUCAAAGGGCUGCUUGGCUUUCUGGUUCCUAUCCUGAAAUCUUUACCAGCUCCCCAACAAGAGUAGAAUAUAAGAGCUGAGAAAAAACAUCCACUCUGACCUCUUGCUUUAUGACUGAUGGAGAAGAGCUCAGAGAGGGAAAGACUUGCAGAGUCACACAGCAAAGGGCCAGAAUUAGAACCCAGGGCUUCAGUGUUCUUCCUCCACUCCAUCCUCUGGAACACCUUUUGUGAAAAACCUGAAUACCUUGGUACCCCCAGGAGGCGAGAGGAGGAGGGCAUGGUCCCUGGCACUGUGGCAGAAGGGACAGUUGAGGAGGCAGGUGUCCCUCCCUUUGCCAGUCCCUCCCAGGUAUCUGGGCAGUGACGAGCUACCUGAGAAGUGGGCACCGGGGCCUCUUGGCACCCCUUCUGUCCCCUCCUUGACUCCCCACAGCCACUCAGAGAUGUGACGCAGGCUGUGGGGCCCAGGGCCAUGGACGAAUGUCCAGGAUGUGCUGCCUCCGGCCCCCAGACCUUUGUUUCCAUUUCGGGAGCACAGAUAGAUGGUUCAGCACCUCCCAUCCAACUCCCCCAGAAGUCAGAGCCAUGGCGGCUUCAGCCAGGACCUGCUGAGAUUGGGUUGCCCUGGUAACAGCCAAUGACAUCAGCUCAAGUGCUAGGUCAAGAAUCUUGUCACCAUAACAUACCCUAUUGCUGCAGUGAUGGCAGAAUUCAGCACUUAGAUUUUGGGGACACUGAGCUUGAAAAGCUUUGGCAGUUGUUUUGGAAGGAGCUUUCAUGGAGGCCUUGGGAGGAUGGGUCUUAGGAGGGGGAGACACAACCCGCUUGGUCCCUUGAGCCCACCCAGACUUGAGUCUCAUCACAAAUCCUUUAUGCUUUGUCACAGUGGUGAUGAGAUGUCUGACUCCGAGCCUCGUUCCCAUGCCUAGUCACCCUGGUCAGCCCUCAGGAGGGAAUGGAACCAGUGGGGAUGUCAGGCUGUGGGCUCCGGAUGUGGAUCCCUGGAGGAAGGCCUGACUCCCCAUUUCCACAGUCCCACCCCUCCCUCAGCUGUGGAUUGUUCUAGGAACAUUUACCGAGCACCUGCUGUUUGGAGCCAGGUUUUGGGAACUUAUGCUGUUCCCAGGGAGAUAGAGGGAAGACAGGGAAGGGAGAGCUGGGUUUGGCUCUCAGUUGUGUCCCUGAGCUGUGCCUGUCUCUACAGAAGUCAGAGGUCCCACUUGUUAGGCCCUUCAUAGCAGCUGAUGCUUCUCGGGACUACUGGUUUACCCCGGUGCAGCUAUGCAUUAGAACUUUUCUUGGCCCCAAGAUAACAGGGGAUGAAGCUGGGCCUCCCAGAGGUGAAGCCACCUGCCCAGCAUGAUCAGGCAGCCAGAGAGGGAGUGCAAGUGUCAUCAGAGCUGGUCAAGUGCUCAACCCCCACCCCAGCCCCAGGGGAUGAGUGCUUCCUAACCCUGCAGAGUGGGAUUUGGUGCAUUGCUCCUGACAUAUUUCAGGUGCAUUCAAAGUGACAGAGGGAACUUAGGUGCAGGAUGGGUGGGCUCCAGGGCCAGCGGCCCUUCGCAGUCAUAGGAGGAGUCUCCACCUCCCCGGAAAUGCAUCCCGUGUCCCACCUGCCCACGCGCUUGACCUCUGCCUCCUCUAAGGGGCUGCUGUGUCCAGGAGAGCUGAGGGAGGGGAUGUCUCCCAGUGUCCGAGGCAGGGGACAGGGGAGCUGCUGCUCCUCAGGCUUCUGCUUUGGGCCAAGCCCUGUGCCAGGUGCUUCAUAGCUGUUCUCUGCCAGAUUUUCCCACCUUUGUGGCGUGCGGUGCCCCCCCACCUCCAAGUUGUGCAUGGCAUGGGACCACAGACUAGGCAGGAAAUCUUCUCUUAGAGGAUACGGAAUCCCCCGCUUUACAGGCAGCCGAGGCCUGCAGAGGGUUUCUGAGGCCAUCCCACUGAAGCUUGGCAACCCUGAACUCAGCUUUCUGACCUUAUGUGACACAGUGACCCCCUCACUCAAGAAGCAGGUCCCUCCUAUGUGUCCCAGCACCCCUGGCCUGAGCAAACUGGCAAAGGGGCCCCCUCUGGAGGGACUGUCUGCCACCCCAGACCCCACCUCUCUCCCUGCCCCCUGCCCCUGCUGGUUGGGGAAGGGGCUCUCAUGGCCCAGGCUGAGCAGGCAGUGAGCAUGUCAAGUCGUCCAACACUGUGAAAUUAGUGCCCCCACCGCUCCCCCUGGCCACCCCACCCCCUUCCUCUUUUGUACAUAAAGUGACCUGAGAUGCAAUGUGUGUGUACGUGUGUAUGUGAGUGUGUGUGGCCUCUGUCAUGGUUUUUGUUACCUUUUUGUUUUUGUAAAUUUGAGUGUUCAAAAUAAACAUGCAGUUUA